AUGCCGUGCCACGGCGCCCUCCUCGACAUCCACAAAUUCGCUGCAGACGUGGCGUUGGUCAAUAUGACCGAGUGGAUCGUGAGCGCCGAGAGCCUCAAGAUCGGUGACCUGGUGGGUGCCGGCGCCUUCGCCCAGGUCUACCGGGCACACCUCCACGGCCAGGAGGUGGCGGCCAAGAAGAUCAAUCUGGUGGAAGCGGGCGCGCCGCAGGGCGACAUCUCGGAGAAGUUCCAGGACCUGCGCCGCGAGGCCCAAGGUAUUCUAAGCAUCCUUGACGACAACAGCGGCCUGAAGCACCCCAACACGGUCCGGCUGAAGGGCAUAUGCCUUUCUCCGCUGACGAUCAUCACUGAGUUUCUCUCCGAGGGCAACCUGUACGACUUCCUGAAGGCGCGCGCAGACCAGGCCGAACAGAUCGGGUGGGCACUGCGGCUGCGCAUCGCGCGCGAUAUCGCCGAGGGCAUGAAGUUCCUCCACAGCGCCACCCCGCCCAUCAUCCACAGAGACCUCAAGUCUCCCAACGUCCUCCUGGCGUCUGCGUCGCCGAGCAGUGCGGUAGUGGCCAAGGUGGCCGACUUCGGACUGUCGACACGUAUGACGGCGAUGACGGUCAAGGGACGGAAUGUGUGGAAUCCCGUGUGGCUCGCGCCCGAGAUCAUGCGCAAGAAGGAGUACACCGAAAAGGCCGACGUCUAUGGCUACGGCGUCAUGUUGUGGGAGAUUCUUACGCUGAAGCACCCGUUCGACGAGUACCGAACCAAGUACGAGGCCGACAGCCAACUGGAGGAGGCCAUCGUCAACGGACUGCGACCCUCCACGCCCGCCGAGCUCGUUGAGAGCCUGGAGGCGCAGGACUAUGUGGAACUACUGUGCGCGUGCUGGGACCCCGAGCCGCAACAACGGCCGACGUUCGAGCGUGUGUGCGAGAAGCUGAGCGCCAUCCAGGAGCAGCUCGCGCCCGCCACUCUUGCGGCCUACGGCGACCAACGGUCGCGGGGCAACCGUGCGAGCGAGUCCUCGGAACUGCCGGUUGUUGAACAGGUCUGCUCGUCCAAUUUCACCGUCACCAACAUCACCAAGCUGGAGAAGGACCGGGGCGUGGGCAUCACGUGCCUGCUGGUGGUCGAGAGCGAGGACGACGGCGACGACUACGACAAGUCGAUCAUGCUCUGGGCCGGCUGCCAGGACGGCGCCGUGUGCGUCUGGAACGCGCGGAGCGGCGAUUUCGUGGCAAGUGUGCCGGCGCACAAGGGUCCGGUGACGAACCUGGUCAUCACCGAGGCGGGCGUGUGGUCGUCCUCGCCCAAGGACAACCAGAUUCUGCUGUGGGACCGCAAGAAAAAUCGAGUCAGCAAGAAGGUCAAGACGACGGCUGGCGUCAACGGGCUCCUCUUCGUGGCGCCCUUCCACGUUUGGUCCACCUCCCAGAACACCAUCACGCUCUGGGACGCCAAGACGGCCAAAUCGUACAAGUCGUUCGAGGUCGGGGCCAAGGGCGAGCUGGGCGUGCUGGCCUGCGUCAAGUCCAACGUCUGGGUCGCCGCGGCCUCGUCCAUCGUCGUCUGCCAGCCCACGACCCUGGCCACGCUGGACACGAUUGCGAGCCACACGGCCACGAUCAACGCCAUCGUGCGGGUGGGUCAGGAGGUGUGGUCGUGCGGCAACGACCGGAAGAUCGUGACCUACAACCUCGAGGGCGAGGUCCUGCAGUCGAUCGACAACGCCGACCGGGUGCUCGCGCUCGCCUACCAGCCCUCCUGCAUGCGCGUCUGGUCCACCUCCGCCGACGGCCUCGUCGCCGUGUGGGACGCGCGGCGGCUGGAGGGCCACCACACGAACGGGCAAAGGGAGGUGGUGGCGCUGGCCCGCUACGCCGACAGCGAGAGCGAGACCAUGUGGAGCGCGUCGGCUGACGGCUCGGUCGUCGUCUACCGCCUGGGCGAACCCGCCGCCGUCGUCGCCCACUAG